UCUAUCAUUCCCACAAGGCAGCAGGAGCAGAGAGCAGCCAUUGCUGUGUCUGCCUGCAGGGUUACACAGUAGUGAAGAAGACAUCUGGAGGGGGAGUAUAUAGAGGAACACAGGGGUCUGUACAAGGACGUGAUGAUGGAGAAUCACCGGCCCCUCACAUCACUGGAUGGGCCCAGUAACAGAGAUACACCAGAGAGAUGACCCCGUCCUCUGUAUUCCCAGGAUUGUACAGAGGAUAAUCACAGGAUCCCACAGGAGGAUCAGGUAGAAAGUCUGUCUGAUAUUAAAACAGAAGAUAUAGAGGGAGAAGAAGAGACGUAUGUGACUGAUAUAAAGGCAGAAGAGAUGUAUGUGACUGAUAUAAUGGCAGAAGAUAUAGAGGGAGAAGAAGAGACGUAUGUGACUUAUAUAAAGGCAGAAGAUACAGAGGGAGAAGAAGAGACGUAUGUGACUGAUAUAAAGGCAGAAGAGAUGUAUGUGACUGAUAUAAUGGCAGAAGAUAUAGAGGGAGAAGAAGAGACGUAUGUGACUUAUAUAAAGGCAGAAGAUACAGAGGGAGAAGAAGAGACGUAUAUGACUGAUAUAAAGGCAGAAGAUAUGGAGGGAGAAGAAGAGACGUAUGUGACUGAUAUAAAGGCAGAAGAUAUAGUGGGAGAAGAAGAGACGUAUGUGACUGAUAUAAAGGCAGAAGAUAUAGAGGGUGAAGAAGAGAAGUAUGUGACUGAUAUAAAGGCAGAAGAUAUAGAGGGAGAAGAAGAGACAUAUGUGACUGAUAUAAAGGCAGAAGAUACAAAGGGAGAAGAAGAGACAUAUGUGACUGAUAUAAAGGCAGAAGACAUAGAGGGAGAAGAAGAGACGUAUGUGACUGAUAUAAAGGCAGAAGAUAUAGAGGGAGAAGAAGAGACGUAUGUGAGCGGAGAUCAGCAGUGUAAGGAGGAGGAGAUCCCUACAGAUAUCAGCACAGGAGAUGGACACACAAGCAGGAAUAUCUCAGAAAAACAUCUAAUGUUAUCCCCGGAUUGUGAAAUAAGAGAUAAUGACAGUAGACAGGACUCUCCAGGAGAUAACCCCAUUACUCCAAUUACACAUCCAGCUCUAUCAGCUGAUCCCUCUGAUCCUAGGAAAUGUUCUCCUAAUCACUCUGAUAUUGGUGCAUCUGUUAUAGAUCUGACAGAUACAGUAUUUCCAUGUUCUAUAGAUACCAAAUGUUUUACACAGAACACAAAGUGUAUUAACCCACACACAGGUAAUGCAGGUAAAAGGCCAGUAUGUCCGGAGUGUGAGAAAUGUUUUACAUACAAAUCAGAUCUUGUUAUACAUCAGAGAAGUCACACAGGUGAGAAGCCAUUUCCAUGUUUUGAGUGUGGGAAAUGUUUUGCACGGAAAUCACGUCUUGUUAGACAUCAGAGAAGUCACACAGGUGAGAAGCCAUUUCCAUGUUCUGAGUGUGGGAAAUGUUUUACACAGAAUUCACAACUUGUUGCACAUCAGAGAAGUCACACAGGUGAGAAGCCAUUUCCAUGUUCUGAGUGUGGGAAAUGUUUUGCACAGAAAUCAGUUCUUGUUAAACAUAACAGAAGUCACACAGGUGAGAAGCCAUAUUCAUGUUCUGAGUGUGGGAAAUGUUUUGCAUACAAAUCAGCUCUUGUUAAACAUAACAGAAGUCACACAGGUGAGAAGCCAUUUCCAUGUUCUGAGUGUGGGAAAUGUUUUGCACACAAAUCAGAUCUUGUUAUACAUCACAGAAGUCACACAGGUGAGAAGCUGUUUUCUUGCUCUGAAUGCGGGAAAUGUUGUGCAAGUAAAUCACAACUUGUUAGACAUCACAGAAGCCACACAGGUGAGAAGCCAUUUUCUUGCUCUGAGUGCGGGAAAUGUUUUACACAAAAAUCACAUCUUGUUACACAUCAGAAAAGUCACACAGGUGAGAAGCCAUUUCCAUGUUCUGAGUGUGGGAAAUGUUUCGCACAAAAAUUACAUCUUGUUAGACAUCACAGAAGUCACACAGGUAAGAAACCAUUUUCUUGCUCUGAGUGUGGGAAAUGUUUUACACGGAAAUCACAUCUUGUUACACAUCAGCAAAGUCACAAAGGUGAGAAACCGUUUUCUUGCUCUGAGUGUGGGAAAUCUUAUUUAACUAAAUCACAUCUUGUUAUACAUCACAGAAGUCACACAGAUGAGAAGCCAUGUUCUUGCUCUGAGUGCGGCAAAUGUUUUACACAAAAAUCACAUCUUGUUACACAUCAGAAAAGUCACACAGGUGAGAAGGCAUUUCCAAGUUCUGAGUUUGGGAAAUGUUUUGCACGGAAAUCAGAUCUUGUUAUACAUCACAGAAGUCAUGCAGAUGAGAAGCCAUUUCCAUGUUCUGAGUGUGGGAAACGUUUUGCACACAAAUCAGAUCUUGUUAUACAUCACAGAAGUCACACAGGUGAGAAGCCAUUUUCUUGCACUAAGUGUGGGAAAUGUUUUGCACACAAAUCAGAUCUUGUUAUACAUCACAGAAGUCACACAGGUGAGAAGCCAUUUUCUUGCACUAAGUGUGGGAAAUGUUUUGCACACAAAUCAGUUCUUGUUAGACAUAACAAGUCACACAGGUGAGAAGACAUUUCCAUGUUCUGGGAAAUGUUUUACACGGAAAUCACAUCUUCUUAGACAUCAGCGAACUCACACAGUUGAGAGGCCAUUUAUAUACUCUGAGAAAUAAAUCAGCUCUUGUUGCACAAAUUAGACAUCACUCAGGUGAGGAACCAUUUUAAUCUUCUGGAGUAUACUCAUCAUUGCCAUGCAUUGUUCUUCAAGGUUCUUAUCCUAUCUCUUUUGCUUUUUGCAAUAUACAUGUUACCACUGGGUGAAAUAAUCAGAUGUCAUGCCCUCAUCUACCACUGCUAUGCAGAUGACCUGUCUUUUGCUCUGGGUACUGAGAACCCAGUACCAAUCCUAAAUGGUUGUCUAGCUGAGCUCCAGGUGUGGGUGAUGCCAGUUGGCUGUGACUCAGUCCUGGUGAAACAUGUCCUUAUGAUAGAAGCUCACCAACAAUGGGCAGGGCUACAGCUCAGCUUUGUAAACCAACCAAACUUACGCUUGGGGGUUCAGAGUUACAAAAUGCUGAUCAUGUGCGGAAUCUUGGUGUCCUGGAUGGUGGAGUGACACUUAGACAUCAGAUAUCAGCCACAAUCAGAUCCUCAUCUGAGGAACAUAGCCAGACUCCAGUACUUAUUUCCCUCUGAAGAUCUACCUACAGUCAUACAUGUACUUGUAUCAUCACGCAUAGACUACUGCAAUGUCCUCUACCUGGGUCUCCCAGCAAAAGAAUUGCACCGCUUGUAGCUUGUACAGAAUGCAGCAGCCAGGCUGUUACCUAACCAGCCCGUUCCUGCCACAUAACACCCAUUCUCUGCUCCCUUCACCGGCUGCCUGUAAGAUGGUGACUCUAUUACAUAAUCUUACUGACUCUCCCAGCCCUACAUGACCAGGGUCCAUGGUACCAGAAGCAGCUUCUGCCUCCUUACUGCCCUGCUUUCUUACUUCCAUCUGGAGAUGAAGGACUGUUACCAGCAGUACCAAGAAUCCCCAAGCAGUGCUGAAAUGUCAGAGGGGCAGACAGGGUGGUGGCACUAGUGCUGUAGCAGGAGCUGCCUGAGGCACUGUCUGUGGGUAACAUUGUCCCCAAGCAGCGCUGAGGUGUCAGAGGGAGACAGGGCAAGUGCAGUUGUGGGGGAAGGGGGUGGACAGAGCAGUGGCAGUAGUGGGGGGAGACAGGGUAGUGGCAGCAGUGCAGUGAGGUGAGGCAGAGCCUUUCCUGUUAUACUAAUGUUUGUGCAAGAGUUUUUACUGUAUACGAAAAAUACAAAGACUAUGUUGUAAAUAUCUUCUUUGCAUUAUUCUAAUCAUGUUUAUAACCAAAACUCCGGAGUAAAAAGUCUAUGGCAGGGGAGGCAGUGCCCCACCUGUGUAUCUUUUCCGCACAUCUCUGAUCAAAACUCACCAAAUUUCCAGGAGUUUAUACUGCUGCACCUGUGUAUAAUGUCCAGAUGUAUAUACUGCUGCACCUGUGUAUAAUGCCCACAUGUACACUUUGGCUCAUAUGUUGUGUGUAAAUCUGGCUCUAGCCAGUACCUCCUGAGCCAUUUAGAUCACUGCACGUCCCUGAGUGGCAAUAGAGG